AUGGAAGCUGUCGACGAAUUCCCAGACUUAAUGGCUUCAAUAGCUACUGAUAUAGAUCGAUAUGUUCGGGGGACGCUUGCCAUGAGCACGGAGCUAGUGCAAACAAAGAGAGAUCUAGGGCGCACCAAGUUGGCCGAGACGGUGGCUAAGCGGCGAAGGGCAAUGAAGAAUAAGUCCUUACAGACAGGAGGAGUGCUUACAGUGGCAGAAGGCCGGCGUAUGGUGCAGCGAAGGGUUGACGCAGAUCUGGCGGCGGCAAGGCAACGUGUGCAAGCAGCGGAACAACGGGCGCGCAAUGGAUACAAGCGGUGGUUUGAAGCAACUGCCAAGGAAGCUCUUAACUGUCGUAGGCAGAAGAUGAAAUGCAGAAUGGAGACAGGCAACACCUGUCGCAGAUGUCAACGCGCUGGACUGCCUUGUAUUUUCGUGCCGCGUGCCAAUGCGUCCGCGUUGAUGGUCCCGGCAUCUCUCCCACUCAGGGAAUUACAAUCGUUAGAUGUAACAAGAGAUCUGCUCCAAAGAGUCAAAGCUAUUGAGGACCAUCUGGGUUUAAGCAGUAUUCCAAAGCAAAUAAACCAGGAGCCAAAGGUUGGAGAAAUUGUAGAGCCGUGGUACGACGACGAACCCCUGGAUAAGCUCUGGGAGGCGUCUGCAGUGUUGGAAAGAUGUGUUCCCGGGCCACGAGAUGGCCCGCAUUGGCGAAGAAGCAAUAUAAGGCACCUCUGGAAAACAUUCCACGACAAGAUGCCUGGACUUCACUUUUUGCCAAGCAAGCAAAAGUUUUCUUCUCCCGGGCCGAUUCUUCUUGCGGCUAUGCUUUACUGCUCAAGUGUCCGUGGUGCUCCGGAGCACGCAGCUAUUGCACCUGGAUACUUCACAAUCUUAUGCUGUGCCAUCUCGCAACUUAGCAUACCUUGUAGUGAGAUUGGCCUGCCUCUCACAAGCCUGGAAGGGGCUGAAGAGUAUGCUUUUCAGGUGGUGCUAGGGCUCGUUCUUGCCGGACUCUUGAAUGAGGGCAACAUUCGCGAAAUGGGGAUAUGGAUAUCCAUCGCAUACAGACUGUUACUGGAGCACUGCCCUCCCCAAGUUGAUGAGAGACACUGUGACUGGCGGAGAUUAUUCAACGGCGUGCAGAUAGUCGACCUGGAGGUUGCGUCACUACAUCUGUCUUCACCAGUCAUCCCAAUAGAGCCGCCUCUUGCUGUGUUGCAAGUUUCACACAGAGAUCAGCUGUACCGCCUCUCCCGCAUGAUGCACACCGGCCUGUCGCAUUUCUCCGGGCGCGGCUUGCCAACGAUAUGGUCUUGUUUUUCCGGCGAUGUUACUGACACUAACUCUUCGCCUGACCCAUUCAGCCCUGUUGAUGCUGCUGUCAUCCGCGACUGGGCCAGAAAUCUGGAUGAUUGGCUGGUUAAAUUCACAAAGACUGGUGAUGACUUGGAUUCACAGAGAAAGACCGUCUUUCGGCAGUAUAUCCUCCAUCGAUUAGUCGUUUUGUCAAUCUAUCACCCUGCCAAGAGCUGCAACCUGCGUUCGAGUAGCAUUUCACUGAAUGAACAACAUGAAUUACUUGUUUCGGCCCGGGCUACUCUGAAGCUACACUACAAUGACAAGUCCAUAUGGUCAAAUUGGGACUUGGUGAUUAUAUCUUGGGCUGCUUUAAUUGUCAUCCACGGCAUUGAGGCAGGUGUUGGCGAGUCAGAUGAUUUGCGAAACAUUUGGGUCCAUCUGGACAUUCUUCAGGACACCAACGAGCCGAUUCCAAACCUGCGUACAAAGCUGGCGGCUAUUCUAGAGCAGAACAUACAGAGGCUGCACACGCUAAGCCCUUCUGUAACGAAUCACAUGCUAAUGCAACCGUUGAAUUCCGGCAUGAACCUUGAUUAUUCCUGGCAGAUCUUUGACCAAGCAAUCAUGUCCGAAGUCAUGGAUCCGUUUUGGCUCAGGACAGCGGAAAUACAGCCCAAUAUCCAAUAA